UGCUUCUUUAUUCCCGGCGAUGGUGGCGACCUGGGUUUGCUGAGUUUGAGGAAUCCACGGAGCUUCGCCAGGAUGUGAGUGAGUUUUUUGUGUAAUUCUUCUGGGACAGAUGAGUGAGAUUUAUAGAGAUUGGUGUUAUGAAUGUUGAACGUUGUUCCAAAUCUGAUUGUGUUGUGUCGAAUCGCAAGUGUCGUGAAUUGGUUGUGGUCUAAGGUUGGCCUCAGCCGCAGAGAAAAAUUGAGCAAGAUGGACAGCGUAGUGCGUGCCGUUAUCGAGGCCAUUCAUUCCUCACCCACCCGUGCUGUUCUUUGCCUCUCUGGUGGCGCAUCGCAGGCUCUAGGUUGGCUGUUGUCGGUGCCACGAGCGUCAAGCACGGUGUUGGAGGCCACAUUCAUGUACUCCAGGGCUUCUAUGGUUCAACUUCUUGGCAAGGUUCCCACUCAGUCUGUUUGUCGAGAAACAGCUGACGAAAUUGCUCUGGAAGCGUAUAAUCGAGCUUUAGAACUUUCAAUGCCUGAAGGUAUGCAAGUAGCUGGAAUUGGAUUCACAGGUGUCUUAGCCUCUAUACCGCCAAAGCGUGGAGACCACAGGUGCUUCGUGUCAGCUCGCACUCAAAAUGGACUUUGGCAGUAUGAUUUGACUCUUGCAAAGGGCCAUCGAGAUCGAUAUGGAGAAGAUUAUCUGACAAGCUGCCUAUUGGUUAAGACAUUAGCCAAUGUAUGCGGAACUAUCGAUGAUAUACCACUGGAUUUAAAAGAAGGCAUAGAGAAAUUAAGAGAGACAAAAUUGGUGUACAGCGAGGAAGAGCAGCUACAGCAGUUACUGAGUGGCAAGAUCUGUAUGAUUAAUUUCUCCGAUCGUGUAAACUCACCAACUUCGGGUACUAGAAGGGUGGUAUUAUCUGGAUCAUUUAAUCCACUUCAUGAUGGUCAUGUCAAGCUCUUGGAUGCGGCUUGCAGCUUGCGGGAAGGUGGGCUUCCAUGCUACGAACUAUCUGCAAUUAAUGCAGACAAACCACCAUUGGGACUUACAGACAUAAAGGAACGCUCAAAUCAAUUUCGCUCUGGGAAUACAUUAGUUGUGACAAACCAACCGUAUUUCUUUAAGAAGGCAGAGCUCUUUCCGGACAGCACGUUUGUUGUUGGGGCAGACACAGCUUUAAGACUGUUAGAUCCAAAGUACUAUGGGAAUAGUAAAGUUCGGAUGGUGGAGGUGAUGCUAGGAAUAAGGAAACUUGGCUGCGAUUUCUUGGUAGCAGGACGAAAAGUGGACGAAGCUUUUAAGGUACUCGCUGAUGUAGAAGUUCCAACUGAAGUGGAGGGCAUGUUCCAAGAGAUUCCACUGAGCUUGUUUCAGUCAGAUCUCUCAUCUACCCAGUUGCGGGCGCAAGCACGGCAGCAAGGCUGAAUUGUACACAAUUGUGUUUCUUCCAGUUCUAGUACACUGGAUGAUUAGAGGCAGGUAUGUAACAUGUGCGCUGCUGUUUAAGAGCAAAAAUACGGAAUAACCCAUAGUUACAGGCUAACUGUGUACAAAGGACAGAGUUGACAUUCUGCAUCUGAGUCACGGUCACCCUUUUAUGCAUCUUCGUGACGUUGACAACAGUCAUAACGUUGCAAUGCCAUUUUAGAAAAGUUAUUUUUAGUAUUUUGUUCAUAGAGUUCUCUGCUCAUUUACGUCAAACAUAUUGCUAGAACUUUAUUUCACCAAGUUCACUAAGCUCUCUUAGAGUAAAUGCAUGCCAUUUCUACCAAAUGGUGUGUCAACUUCGUGUGCCAUUGUGUCUUGUUGAUGGACCCACAUUUGAGCUAUGUAUGGCCUGGGUGGUUGGCCCCGCUAGGCCACAUAAGACACAUGCAAAAUUUCACAUUUAUUUUGUUACUA